AUGUAUGCACAGGGGAUUGUUGCAUUCUUUCCUUAUCUGGAAGACCCAUAUUCAGAACAUGGAUAUGAACAUUACUACGAUCCAGAGAGUGGGUCUGGAUACCUGGCAUGGCGUUUGAAGACCAUACAAAGAAAAAUCGCUGAAGAAAAAGGGGCCUCAGAAAGCAAAUCCCCCAAAACUGGUGGGCCAGGCCAUGGUAGACAACCUAUCACCAGUGACCAAGUACCAACUGACGAAGAGGUGGAAGCAGCCAUUGCUGUUUUGAGAUACUCUGCUGAUGAAGACACAAUCCGUGAGAAGAUGAAAACAACUUUUGUGUAUCGCCAAGCAAUGGUCAAUAAUGCAGACAAGUCAGCAGAUGUAUUUUUGGUCUUCCCACGGUUUUUGGACACAGCAGGACUGAUAGAACAAGACUUCAGACAUGUGUUUGGUGAGGCCACAGCCAACAAAUUCCUGGAGAAGUGGCCAACAACUUUCAAAGAAAAGGUGAUGAAGGAAAGCCAGGGACUCAUACCCACCACAGAACUCUUGGAUUUGAUGCGCAAUGCUGAGUCAGCUGUGGAGACUGAGAAUGGCUGGGACUGUGACAUAUCUGCCAUCCUGCUGCUGCUACAUUUGCUACCACCAGCUGCACAAGGGCGAAAGAGGCCAGGAAAGAUGUCUGCAUCUCAAGCAGCAGAUAAGCUCAUCAGAUUUCAAAAGGUUGGAACCAGUGUGCAGCAGCAUCUAGAUGGCAUCACCCAAAGCAGUCAGCCCUACCUUCUUGCCCUUGGAUCUACAAGGAGCUGCAUCCACUCCUACUUCAUUGUGGUCGACAAGCAUGCGCUACCAUGCAAAGCGACAGGUUCAGUGGGAGCCUUUGACGAACUCUUUAAGGCCCAUUUUGUCUUUGGUACGUCAUACAGUCCUUGCCUGAACAACUUUUUCACUUUUUUGCAAACAACCAUCUACAACAUUGACAUGGGGAACACAAAGGAGACCCCCAGAGUUGCUGAGUUAAGAGCAAGACUACUAAGAUAAAACCAUGAGGUGUUUUCUUUGCAAAAUAUGCCAUAGAGGUCCAAACAGUCUCAUCCAGCACCUUAAGGUAAUCCAUGGACUAUGUGCAGGGAGGACACUAAAUCUGAAAUGUGGUCAAGUGGGAUGUUGUUAGGAU